UAAAGAUGUACGUCUACCCGUCCAAUUACAAAGAGCCAUGGCUGCCGAGGCAGAGGCAGCACGAGAAGCUCGUGCCAAAGUUAUUGCCGCCGAAGGUGAACAGAAAGCCUCAAGAGCAUUGAGGGAAGCCUCCGAAGUUAUUGGCGAUUCACCGGCAGCAUUACAGCUACGUUAUCUCCAGACAUUGAGUGCCAUUUCGGCUGAGAAGAAUUCAACCAUUGUAUUCCCGUUGCCAAUUGAUCUGAUAACGUAUUUCCUCAAGUCGAACGAUGCUGAUACAAUAAAAACCGCCGCCAAUACAGCCCAGGCCAUUGCUGACCGUGAAGCGGUUCCCACACCAGUCAUUGUACCAUCGACAGUGGCUGGAGCUGCAUCGAUGAUGGCGGGUAUGGGUCCCAUACCGACAACAAGCAACAAUGUGAACAAUGUAAAUCAUGAGACCAAUGGCAUUGUUACUGCAGCUAUGUAA